AUUCAAUUCGUUCUUGACGCUGCCGCUGAACGGUUCGUCGGGUUUUCCGCACCGGCCGUACGUGUUUGUGUGCCUUUUUUUGUUCGCUCUUGCACGCCAACCGAGAGCGCGCGCGAGAGUGCAGAGAAACUUUUGUUUUGACAGUUGAGCAUAUUCCCGUAGUGCGGCGAAGUGGUGCGUACCUAUGCUGAGCCAAAGGAACGAGCAAACGGGAUGGAAGAUUGAUAUCGAAAGCAUAGUGUGGUUGGUGUGUGUUGUAUUGGACGGUUUGGUGAUAUGCUAGUGUGUCGUUCGGCGGGGGGUGAGUUGUUCAAGCGCUUUUGUGCAGCGCGAAAAGUGUGACUUUUUGAAUUGAUUUUUCACCACCAAUUCUUAACUUUUCCGAACGGCUGCCUAGUUCUGUCCGGUGAUAGUGACGAAAAUUGUGCCUACAUGUGACCAACCGUGAGCUUACAUAAACGGAAACCAUUAGAAAUAGCGAUAAAUGCGCACACACACGGUGUCUCGUUUUCGAGGAGUUUAUGUGGCUGUGGUGUAAAUAGCGGCAGCAAAACCGAUAUGCCCUUUCCUGGUGUGUUGCCAUAAUCGGAUGGUGGUAGUGCUGAAGGCAGCUGUAAACGGUCGCGUAACAUACUAGAAAACAGAAACGAACGGGGCAGAAAUAGAAGCACGGCAUGCUGUGAUGCAGAGAUGCAAUUGCUGUACAAGCGACGCAUUGGUGUGUGUAGUCGGGGCGACCAGGCAGCAACAAUAACAAAAACUCCCAAAAAUUAAUCAAACUCCGUGGGUCGCACCGAAACGGUGUGUCUCCCCCGUUGUGACAGCGACGCGUAAUGUUAGCCCGCUUACUGUUGGUGUGUGAGUGUGUGUGUGUGUGUGUUUGCGCACAGGCGCGCUUAGCGUGGGUGUACGGUAGUGUGGGAGUGGUGUGUAUGUUUUGAUCUCGUGUUGCGUGGUGUUGCGCUCGGAAGAUACAACCCCACCGGGCUCUUCCAACAUCAUCCCCGGGUACAGCAGCGAACCGCCCCGGGAAAAGACGUUUCGGCGGAACGAGUGAAGAGAAGGGCCGCGGAUAGCAUAACGAGACUGUUGGGUUCCCGUAGAACGACGACGUCAACGGUUGACCGUAAAACGGCGGAUGCAUAUGGUUUGUGAAGCAAGCAAAACCAAAACAUUUUCCCCGGGUUUGUAAAGAGCUAAAGAGAAAGAGAGAGCGAGAGAGCAUACGGUGCAUGGAGAGAAUUCCGAUUCCAAAGAGCUGCACGUAGUGGCGAAUACCACGGGGCGCACGGUCCCAACAACGGGUGGUUUUCACGGUCCGGGAGUUUUCCGGGAAUCCAGAGACUGGACUGGAUCUUCUUGGUGAGAAGUAGCAGCAAUAGUUUCCAAUUACACGCAUCCCUUUGAACGGGCGGAUGGUAAUGUGUGGCCGUUCAUGUUAGUUCAUUCCCAGCUGCAUGGAGGAAAAUCCUGCACUGUCCUGAAACAAGAGCCAUCUUGAGAUACAAUUUUACCAUGGCAACUGUCCCAACAUCAACAUCACUAACGUCUGGCAAUGAAACAGUACCUCAGAAUGAUGAUGGAUCCGGUGGAUCGCCGGAGUGGUUUGUGUAGUGAAAGGAAUUGAUCCAACAAAUUUGGUGAAUCGAAAGUGAAAACUCUGUGUUAAGUAAUAGACCGUUGAGGGAGGAAGAUGCUGAUGGGUAUCGAAAGUAGUGCUGCGCGCGUGUGUCCUCUGUCCGUUGUAUGUUGCAGUGUGUGAUGGAUUGUGUAAAACAAAGCGAGAGUAGAUCGGAAAAUCCUACCCUAUACACAACGGUCGUGAAGCUGAUCGUGUAUAACAUCACCGCACAGGAGGUGUGAUCGUAGUAGAAUCACGCGAUCUCUUCUAGCACCGUAGUACGGUGGGAAAGCAAGCAGCAGGGAAACGCGAAGGGACGGACUAAAGUAAAAAUAAAAAUGCUCCGAUUAAUUGCCACCAUCCUUGCCGUUGGCAUUUGGCUGUCGCAGUGCGCGUCGUACGGCGAAGCGUUUGUCGCCGAGGAUGACACCAACUUUUGCAACUUUGGUCAGAGACAUUGCCCCUGCCUGGGAAAUGCCAUCGAUUGCUCGAAGAAGAACCUGAAGACGCUGUUCCCGUUGCCGCGCUGGGUGGAUAAUCUUGAUUUGGCCUCCAAUCAUUUGACCCACGAUACCAUCUCGGCGCAAUUGACUGACCUUCGCAAGCUACAAGAGCUGAACUUAAACAACAAUCGGUUGCGUCGUUUGCCGGUUUUGAGGGGCGUUCGAAAUCUAACAAAGUUGUUUGCGAACAACAAUGAAAUCGAAACUAUCGACAUGGAUGCGUUGGCGGGGUUGCCAGCGUUGAAAUUUCUGGACCUAUCGCGCAACGCUAUACAGGAGCUGCAGUACAGUUCGUUUCCGGUGAAAAAUAAUUUACAGUAUUUGAACUUAAAUUUCAACAAGCUGGGCGUCCUCACGAAAGGUCCGUUCGAUCGGUUGAAAUCGUUGAAAAGACUGGAAAUUAGCAGUAAUGGGUUGGAGGAAGUGCAGGUGCUAGCCUUUCAGAAUCAGAAUCAACUGAAAAGUCUAAAGCUGAACAAUAAUCGCAUUCCUGCGUUACAAAAUGGUGUGUUUCAUGGGCUGAAAGCGAUAGCGAUCCUCGAGCUGAACAACAACAGCAUUGCCACCGUGCGAAAGGAAGGAUUCUUCAAUCUGACCAGCCUCACCAAUCUAGCUUUGGCCCACAAUCGAAUAGUUGAAAUUGAACGUUCCGGAUGGGAGUUCACACCGAAGCUGAUCAGCUUAGAUCUCUCGUACAACCAGCUGGAAUCGCUCGAGCGCUACACGUUUGAAGAAUUAUCCUCUUUGCAAACACUUAACCUGCAAGGCAAUCGUAUAUCUUUGAUCGGUGAAGGAACCUUCAACGAGACGAGUGCGCUGGAAACGCUUUACCUGAACGAAAAUCGUAUCUCGUCAACAAUCGAGGAUAUGCGAGGACCUUUCACGGGGUUAAGCCGGCUAGAGCGGUUGUAUUUGAAUGCGAACGAAAUUAAAUCAAUCAAUCGUAAUGCAUUUUUGGGCUUGAAGUCGCUUACCCUGUUGGAGCUGAGUCAGAACAACAUUUCAUCGAUACAGAACAACACGUUCAAGACUACGCCUCAGUUGAAGAAUUUUGUUAUGAAUUCAACUAAUUUAAUAUGCGAUUGUAAUCUGGUAUGGUUUUACCAGUGGAUUACCAGCGGAGAGCGGCGGGAUAAGUUUCAAGUCGAUGCCCAAUGUAUAUACCCUUACUGGUUGCGAAGUCGAUUGAUUCGUGAUCUGCAUUUAGCUAACUUUUCCUGCUACGAUUCCCCUAAACCUCAUCUCAUCGAUGAGCCGAAAUCGCAAAUCGGUAUUCGGGGCACUAACGUAUCACUCGUCUGCACCGCCACAUCGAUCGCAGCCGACCCGAUGGCAUUCAAAUGGAAGCAGGACAAUGUGGAACUGCCUGUCGAACAGUAUACGACUCAUCAGAUAAAUAACGAGAAUGGCACAAUAGGCACAACGGAAUUGAUAGUACCAAACAUACAACAAGCUGGCGCCGGGAAAUAUCAGUGCAUCAUCACCAACAAUUUCGGUGUGGUGUACUCGCCCAAAGUAAAGGUAUCCGUCGGAACGUAUCCCAGGUUCCGCAAAACACCGUCCGAUAUAAGUGUUGAGCCGGGAAAGGUGGCCCGGUUGGAUUGUGCCGCCAUGGGCGAACCGAAGCCUCAAAUAUCUUGGGAAAAGGAUGGUGGAAAUGAUUUCCCUGCUGCAAAGGAACGCCGCAUGCGCGUCAUACCGAACGAGGGCGCUUUUCUCAUAUUAGACGUUCAGCUGGUUGAUGCGGGAAUGUACAGCUGUACCGCCGAGAAUCCGGCUGGAAUUAUACGUGCGAAUGCCUCGGUGGUAGUGUUGGAAAGCCAAAAGGCUAGCCGUUCUGUAACGAGCCUAGAAAUCCCGAUCGGCAAAGCCAGUGUGCUUGAGUGUAAGGUCACUGGUUCGCCGAAACCAGAAAUAUUUUGGUUAAAGGACGGAGAACCAAUCGGGUUGACCGAGCGUCACUUCCUUACGGGCGAAGGUCAACUGCUUGUGAUCGUCGAUACGGAGAUGACCGAUGCUGGAUUGUACGAAUGUCGGUUUGAGAAUGAUUUUAGCAGCGAGACUGGUUCUACCCGUCUAAUCGUCGUCGACGGUCCGGAAGACAUGCAUGGUUCUGUUUUGGGCGAUAUCGGUACUGCAUUUGGUGGGGCAGGCAUGCAGGACAAAGAGUUAUUGCAAGCUAAACUGUUGGACUCGUGGUUGAUGAUCGUGCUAGCGCUUAUUGCCUGUGUGAUGCUUACAUCGUUCGUGUGGAUGAUUUGUAUGUAUCGCAUGAAGAAACGAAUACGUGGCUCGGUUAGUGGAGGACCGGGAGACACGGAACUGGAUCUUGCCACUGGCAUGGAGAUAAAUCAGCCAAAUUUAAUUGUACGCAGCGGGGUCGGUACCUCUACCACUCCUGCCGGGUACUUUGAAUAUUUGAUUCCGAUGGUACGCAAUGGCGAGGUAACGAGCAACGUAGAUGAUGACGGUGAAAGUGCCGAUGGCGGUACAAUUGGACGUGAUCAUGCUGGAUUCUAUACGGCAGUUUCAAAAACGAACGUCCGCUCAACGGAGCUUGAUUCGGAUGAUUUAGACGAUGAUCUGUCGUCGAAGGACUCUGGAACGGGUGGUGAUUGCGCAUCGGCGACAGGUUCGACAACGGCCGCACAUCGCGGCAGUCAGGAGGAUUUAAAGUGCCUUCUCAAUUCGCUUAACCGGAAGCACACUAGUGAUCAGGAACUUCACCAUCAUAAACCGUAUCAGCUAUCAAGACGCUCGGAUGCCAUUGCUCUACCGUCAUCGCAUCACACCUCGCACGAUCCUGAUGACGAUCCAAGGCUUGAACCUCCGCCUCCGAUACCGCCCGUAAAUGCAACAAGUGCCGUACUGAUCGUUGGACCUGCUGUACCAUCGUCAGCUGGUGACACGUCGCUCCACAGAGACGAUCGUAUUCCGGCCCAUGCAGCUCACAUAGCAACUCGUAUGCCAAAUUCACAAACCUUCCCAGUGUUCAUGCAGCCACCUUCAGCGGCGGAACCGACGUUACGGACGACUUCGCUUGAAGCUUCCGCUGAUCCUGUCCUUCCGUCAAAAAGCCUGAAGCAACCAACCCCACCACAACACCAGAUACAGGUUAAUCAACUGUAUCAACUACUGCUGGAAAACCCGCGGUUAAUGGAAAAACCGGCCAAAUAUAGGACCAAAUCGAUGGACCAAUGUCAGGAUAAGGACGGUCGGCCAACAUCGGCCAGCAGCAGCAGUGGUGUCGGCACGGGAAGCAGCAAUGGCAGUACGAUGAAUGGUGAGUGUCCCAGUGAGCAAUCGAGACAGUUAUCAUCGAGGGCGGUGACAGACGCGAGACGAUAAGCUAGACUCUCUCUUUAAUGAGGAAAGUUUUUCUAUGAAGAACUGUGGUACCGUGGCAGCAGCAGCUGGUUCUGCUAAUAAGUAAGAAAUAUUAAUAUUUAUUCUGAAAAUUACUAUUUGAACCCUCUCACCUUAGGAAAUAGCGAUUUGCUCCUACUUACAAACAUUACUGCUCAAAAAAUUUAAACUUCACGACGUAAAUUUCUUAACCGAGCGGAAGAUGAUGAGCACAAUGUCCAAACAAGCCUAAUAAUUUAUUUAAUCCCGUUGGGUGCCUUCCUUCGUUCAUUCCAACCUAGCGAAUGCGAGAAAAUGUUUGCCUGUAAGUGUUACAAACAAACACAAUUCUAGCACAAUCCAUCGCAAAUUGAGUAAUAGUAAGGGGAUGGCACAGAACUAAUCGAUCGUUCCUUUCGCCCUAGACUAAUUAUUUACGAAUAUUUAAAUGCAAUGAAGCAUUCGUGUGCUUUUAGUCAAAUUAAUGUAAGAGUGUGUGCGUGUGAAUUGUGUGAAAAGCUAAUGGUAGGAUGGUAAAUAGUAAGCGUCUUCUGUCUGGAAGAAGAGUCAGUUCCUUUUGUGAAAUUUCCUCUUAGGCAUAAAUUCAGACUUUUUCAUGACAAAUUUACUACAGCAACAAAGCGAGAACAUAAACACACACACACACAGAAAUAAUGCAAAGUGAAUCUAAAUUUCGUUGUAAUUUGCCAAGCGAUGCCUUCAUUAACUUCGGAAAAGGGAGCAAUUUAGGUUUGCUUCUGACAGUGCCUGAAAUUAUGUUGAUGAGAAAAGAAAAAAAAACAACCAACAGGAUUGUAAAAGUGCCACAAAAGACAUACAAAAAACGCUGUUCGAUAGAUUAUAAGCAUAGGCAAAAUUUGGCGAAAAUUUUCGAAACAUUUCUUACCGAUUUCAAAUCAUUAUUGCACUGCACUGUUAACAGAAAAAGGGGCACUAGUUUUUAUAACGGCCAUUUUUUGUUUAAAAUUUUGGAUGCUUCGAUAUUUGAAAAUUGGAAUGCGCGCGUGUCUUACAGUACGAUAUAAGCAAGGUUUGAUUUAAACCAUACUUACCGGGUAGCCUGUUACUACACCAUGAUUGUGAUUGUAGAAUGAAGUAAAAAAGGGUGAACGAAGUCGGAUAAAGGUAGUACGACAGUGAGAGGUAGUUUGAGCGUGUUUUUAAAUGUGUGAUAAAUUAACGCCUAUUAAUGUCCACGGCGCAUCCCAUGCGUACGAAAGGACACACGGUACAGUGCUUCGAUAACAAGUCAUAGCAUAGGUGCCUGUAGCUGGGAGCUUUAUCAGAUGAUUUACGAUUCGGUUUGCAACGCUGGCAAUAGUUUUGAUUUGAUGUGUGUACAUUUUUCUGUUCCAAUAUGAAUCGCUCUUGUAAUGGAGCGCGAUAAAAAUGUUAUAUCUGUAAGAUUGAUUUGUUAAUUAAUUUUGAACUGUGAUGUUAGUUUUUGUUAGCUGCCAUUAGAAGCACUAAGGGGUGUUUCAAAAUGGUAAAUUAGUAUAGUUUUGUAAUACAAAUUUCCUUCAUGUUUUAUUGUCCCUACAAUACACGCCAUCUCUCUCUCUCUCUCUCUCUCUUAUCUUUGAACUGUCGCAUUUAUUGGUCAUUAAUUUGCUUACUGUUAAAAACAAAGUUGUCGAAAGUUUCCCCAGGCUCACUAAAAAUUACAAUAAAUAAUAACAUGCCUUUACUAUAGCUCUACGUAGAACAAAAAACAGGUGGCAAUGAUAGUUCGCGUGCAGUAAAAUAUUCCUUGGUUACAGAACUCUUACCCUCGCAAAAUGGAUCGAGAGGCUUGCAAAUAAAGAUAAUACUUGAUAAGAUAAGAGAAACCAAAGAUACCUUAACGGUUUUGAAGGAAUCAACUUGUAAGGACGUUUGAAAACACAAUGCAACGUUGCAUCAAUCCUUUGUCCCCGUAUACUUUUCAACAGAUUGAAAGGUUCGGUUAUUGGUAUUGCAACCUUCCCAUGAUAGAUUUUGUGGACAUUGUUUUCGGCCGAGAUUGCUGGCAAAGGACUUCAAUUACCUGUUGGAUUUAUCUACUACACCUUACAAGUUUUGUUUAGCUUGCUCAAACAGCAAAUUUUAAUUAAAUCCUGCCACAUGCUUUGAGGGCUAAUUAACUAAAAAAAGCCAUACUAUCUUCUGUUCCCAUGGAUCAUUUGGUUUAACAAAUGUGCAGUCUUCAAACCUUGUUGUCUAAUUCCGAAUAUUUACAUUUAUUUAUUACAACCAUUCAAACACAUCACCCAUUAAAACGCCGAACGAUUCAUUCGAUCAUUUUUAACGUCCAUCUAAACACAAGUAUGUAAAAUUGUUCACUAAAUAAAUAAAGCAACUCCAUGAACUAUCUACCACAAAACAAUGAACCAACAAAGAUAACACACAAAACAAUUGCACUUUAAUAACAUCGUCGAACGAUAAUGUUACGAUAGGAAAGUUUUUGUCUGAAAUAAAAAAAAACUGAUGUACUAGUGAAGUAAUCGGGAUAAUAAUAUUUAUUAAAAUAAAAAGGAAAGACAAUGAAUGAGUGGAAAUACAAAAUAUGAUUGUGAAAAUA